GCCUCCGAGCUGAAGGUUGGACUCCGCCUCCAGGCAGAAUGAGACCCAGCCUAGCAGCCGUGCUCCUCCUGCUGGCCAGCUGCCUCGCUCCAGGCCACGGAAUCCUGGAGGCCAAUUACACAAGCCUAAAGUGUAAAUGUUCCAAGACGAUCUCAAGGCCUGUCCAUCCAAACAUCAUAGAGCGGAUUCAAGUCACACCUCCUGGGAAUGGCUGCCCAAAGUUUGAAGCCCUGAUCUGGACUAGGAGUAAGCAAAUUCUAUGUGUGAAUCCUCAAGACAGAUGGUUCAAGAUGGUACUCAAAUAUAGACGGAGUCACAGAAAAGCUUUGUCUUCAACUCCCCCAGCUCCAGUGAGUAAGAAAAGGACCACCUGAAGGCCCUGUCCCCCAAGGAACGCCUGCACCCUCCUUUAUCCCUGCUCUGAAUUUUAGAUGUGUUCUUGGUUGAAGAAUUUCCAAGAAAAUAAAUUCCUUUUA